UACCAACUGUUUGUACCUUAUAUUUUAGAGAACAAGGCAAGACCUUGUAAUUGCCCUUAUUGUGUAGUUUCAACUCUGAAGAUUCACAUGUACCUGCUCAGAUCUGUUCUCUUCCUGGCCUGUGUGGGUUCGCUAUGGCUGAAGGACCAAAAGGGAUGUGGUUUGUCAGGUGACCUCCGAUGCUUAUUGCAGACAAGAAAGCUGAAAAGUCAAAGGGACAUUCUAGAUAACUGAGAAGCACUGAGGUGAAUAACCACAGUUGCAGUUUAGAAGACCGGAGCCCUUGCUGAACAGCUUUGCAGGCCUUCAGAACUAAGAAAAAGAUGGUGCUAAUCCACAGGGCUGAGUGGCCCAUUCACAUGAGAUGGCCUUUCCAUGCCCUCUUUCUUGGUUGGUGGCUCACUGGGCAGUUGGGGGUGUCUGGAGGACAAUUUUGGCCGAAGCCUUCCAUCUCAGUGAGCCCGUGUGCGAUGGUGCCCGUGGGAGAAAAUGCCACCAUCCGAUGUAAAUGUGAAGAAAGAUACCUACCCGCGGAAUUCACUCUGUCUAAAACGGAGUCAGGAUCCUUGCGUGUUGUGAGCACCAAGACGGUAGAGAGGGACGAGGCUGUAUUUCACAUUAUCAAUGCGAAGCCCUCUGAUGCAGGGACGUAUCGGUGUAUCUUCCGAUUAGAACAUCGUCCACUCCAUUUAUCACGUUACAGCGACAAAGUACACAUCGAGACAAAAGAUGACAGCCAACUAAACCACGGCUCUUUCUAUUUUCCAUCCGUGGAGGUCUGGAUUCGUCUGGGAGUGGGCAUCGUAGCUAUUCUUGCCCUGGUGCUGAUCCUGGCUGAGGCCACAUACAGCUGGAGGACUGAGCAGCAUUUCAGGAACAUGGACUGAAGCAACUCUCUCAGCAAAGGGCUUCCUUUGAUAAGACUGCACACUGGAUCACAAGAACAAAUUUACUUUACCUUCAAUAGCAAGUUUUUUGUUUUCUUUCAUGUACAGAACCUUUUCUAAGUCUAUAGUUAAAAAGCAGGCAUUUUGUAUUCGGCUUCAUAUUCCCUGAACACUGCUUCACCCUGGGAGCCGCUCUUGGCCAUACAAAGUCCUCCUGGAACCCUCGUUCCAGUGUUGUUGCCCCCAGCGUGCCCUCGAUGUUACCCUUCCCUGUUGUCACCAGCCCUGCUCAGCACCUGGAAACUCCACAUUGUGGCUUCCAUUAUGGAACCAGUCCUUCUCUUAUUUGGUCUUCCUCUUUGCCAAUGAAUCUCGUCUUGUCAUGACAAGACAUGACAUGACCUUGCACAAUGUCUAAAAGCCCGAGCUUCAUCAUAUUUGCUUUCAUUUCCGGCCUGAACUUCAAUCCACUCAUUGGACUUCCUGGUUGUCCAGGGUCUCUGCAAAGCGCUCCUCCAGCACCAUGUGUCAAAAGAAGAGAUUUUUCUCUUGUCCUCUUUCUUGACCGUCCAGCUUUUACAUCUGAACGUGGUAAUCAGGACUAUCAUUGUGCGGGUGACCUUCACCUUGGCCAUCCGUGACACGAGGAUCUUUUCUCCUUCCAGCUCAAAGUUACGGCACAGAAAUUACAGCCCAUUACUGUGCAUCCUUGCUUAGCAUAAACAUAUGGCUGUUACACCAAAAGCAAAGUUCCUGAAACACACAGGAGGAUUUUAAAAUCCACCAGAGUUGACAUUGUGGAUGGGGGGGGGCACAAAGUGACUUGAGCUCA